CCUAUCCCCAGAGCAGAAACCACCACCACAAACCCCUCUUCUCCUCCCUCUCCGGCCAAAAGUAGGAACUUUUAGGGCCAGAAACAUGUUAGGGCACUUAAUUCAUGGUGCUUUUGGGCAGGGAACGAAGGUGAAGGGCCAUGUGGUCCUCGUGGAGAGAACCGUUCUUGACUUCAACGACUUUGGUGCCACCUUACUCAACGGUAUUCAGGACGUACUCGGCCAGCAAGUUUCCCUUCAGCUGGUCAGCGCCACCGCCGGCGAUCCCAAUAACGAUAACAGAGGAUUGGUAGGGGAGCUGGCGUAUCUUGAGCCGCCGUUGCUCCCUGUUCUUCAGACGAUCACCGCUGGGGAGAUAAAAUUUACGGUGACGUUUCACGUGAAGGAAGGAGAAGGGAUCCCCGGCGCAGUAAUCGUGAAGAACCGCCAUUUGGCGGAGUUCUUCCUCAAAUAUAUUACUAUCGACGAUUUCCCCGGCAAGGGACGCAUACACUUCGACUGCAACUCAUGGGUCUACAACACCUCCAAAUACACUUACGAUCGCGUCUUCUUCGCUAACGAUUCGUAUCUGCCGAGAAACACGCCGGAACCGCUGAAGCCUUACCGGGAGGAGGAGCUCCGGCACCUGCGAGGAGAAAACGUGAGUCGGCAGCUGGAGGAAUGGGACCGAGUGUAUGGCUACGCGUACUACAACGAUCUCGGCAACCCGGAUCUGAGCUCGGCUCUCGCCCGGCCGGUUAUUGGCGGUUCAGACGAGUUCCCUUACCCGCGUCGCGGGAAGACCGUUCGACCGCCCACUAAAGCAGAUCCGAAGAGCGAGAGCAGGUUGUUCUCGCUGGAUCAAGACAUCUAUGUGCCGCGCGACGAGCGGUUUGGGCACCUCAAGAUGUCGGAUUUCUUGGGGUACACGAUCAAGGCGGUGGCUAAGACGUUGCUUCCAAUUCUUCAAGCUGUGUUCGAUGGAACGCCGAACACUUUCGACAGCUACGAAGAUAUUUUUAAGCUUUAUGAAGGUGGUUUGCAGCUUCCGGAUAUUCCUCAGGUGCAAGCGCUACUCGAUGCUAUUCCUCUUGAGAUGCUUAAAAGCGUGCUCAAGCCGGCCAAAGAACAGCGCGGUUUUCUCAAGUUUCCCAUGCCACAUAUCAUACACAAGGACAAGUGGACGUGGCAGAGCGAUGAGGAAUUUGCGAGAGAAACGUUGGCUGGUGUGAACCCUGUCAUCAUUGAAAGACUCAAGGAAUUCCCGCCAACCAGCAACCUGGAUUCCACACUGUAUGGAGAUCAGAAUAGCACCAUUACAGCAGAGCAUAUCGAGAAAAAUCUCGAAGGCCUCACAGCAGAAGAAGCACUUAGUAGCAACAGGCUCUUUAUCAUCAACUAUCAUGACGCGCUCAUGCCUUACCUGUCACGGAUCAAUUCAACCUCGAGCAAAAUAUACGCCACCCGAACACUCUACUUCCUCAGAGACGACGACACUCUGAAGCCAGUUGCCGUCGAGCUCAGCCUCCCGCAUCCUGAAGGCGAGCGGCACGGCGCUGUAAGCACCGUCUACACGCCAGCAGAUUCCGGCAUCGAGGCUGCAAUCUGGCAUCUAGCCAAGGGGUUUGUUGCCGUCAAUGACUAUGGAGUACACCAGCUUAUCAGCCACUGGCUGCGCACCCACGCAAUCAUGGAGCCUUUUGUGAUCUCAACGCACAGGCAUCUCAGCGCUCUUCAUCCACUUAACAAGCUCCUCGUACCACACUACCGCGACACCAUGAACAUAAACGCCCUUGCUCGUCAGUCCCUCGUCAACGCCGGCGGUAUCAUCGAGCUCUCCGUCUUCCCUGCAAAAUACGCCAUGGAGCUGUCGUCCGUUCUCUACAAAAACUGGAACUUUGCCGAGCAAUCACUCCCCGCCGAUCUUAUCAAGCGGGGAAUAGCAGUGGAGGAUCCAUCGAGUCCGACUAAGCUAAAUCUCUUGAUCAAAGACUACCCCUACGCCGUCGACGGUCUCGCCAUCUGGUCUGCCAUCGAGUCUUGGGUUGAAGAGUACUGCUCCAUCUACUACCCAGACAACUCCAGCGUCCUUAACGACAACGAACUCCAAACCUGGUGGAAAGAAGCCGUUGAAGUCGGACAUGGCGACCUCAAACACAAGCCAUGGUGGCCGCAGCUCGACUCCCUACCCUCACUCGUCCGCAUCUGCUCCACCAUAAUCUGGAUAGCUUCCGCCAUGCACGCCGCCGUGAACUUCGGUCAGUAUCCCUACGGCGGCUACCUCCCCAACCGUCCGAGCUUGACCCGACGGUUCACGCCGUAGGCCGGCCCGGCCAUGCCGGAGGCCGGCACGGCGGACUACGAGCUCCUUAAAACGAACCCGGAUAAAGUGUUCUUAAAGACGAUCACGGGGCAGUUGCAGGCCAUUCUGGAGAUAUCGGUGAUCGAGAUCCUGUCGACGCACGCAUCGGAUGAGUUAUAUUUGGGCCAGAGAGCGAGCGAGGAGUGGACCAGCAAUGAGAAGGCGCUGAAGGCUCUGAAGCGGUUUGGUUCGAAGCUGAAGGAGGUGGAGGAGAAGAUAGCAGAGCUGAAUGAUGAUAAGAAAUUGAAGAACCGUGGCGGGUCGAAGAAGUUGGAGUACACGUUGCUUUCGCCUUAUAGCGAGCAGGGGCUCACUGCCAAGGGGAUUCCUAACAGUAUCUCCAUUUGAUCGAUUUGAGGAAAGAAGAUGAAGAAGACGAAGUAGCCAUGAGUGAUGUACUAAGCUUUGUUUUUCCGGUGGGGGGAAUAAAAUGUUCUGCAGAGUUGGGCAAGUGAUAAAUUUGCCAUGUUUCUGUAUCAAUAAAAUUAUAUAAAUAAGAUCGUGAAUAUUUCGGAACUGUUA